AUUUGGGUGCCAUCAUUCCAAGAUUCCGAUGGCGAUGGAUACGGUGACAUGCAGGGUCUUAUCAACCGAUUGGAAAAUCUACGAAAGAGCGGAGUACAGACCAUUUGGCCCGUUCCCUUCCUUAUUUCCGACGAUUUCUCGAAUGCAAUUCGAAAUUUCGAACAAAUGGACCCGAAGUUGGGAGUGAACCAAGAUGCUGACAAGGCAAUUGAAAGUGCCCAUUACAACGAUAUGAAAUUCGUAAUCAGCUUACCUAUUGCAACAACAUCAACUGAACAUGACUGGUUCCUGAAAUCAGCGUCGGCCAGUCUCCCGGAGAACAGGAACUAUUCCGAUUUUUACUUCUGGAGAACUGAAGGAGGUUCGGAUUUACUUGCGGAACACAAAGGAGCGUGGUACUUGCACGAAAAGGGCAACCCUAAAGCGGCUGUUCUCAAUUGGCAGAAUUCGAACGUUCGAUCUCAUAUGUUUGAUGUUUUGUCGUCAUGGAUUGACCGUGGUGUUGAUGGAUUCUACCUGGUAGGUAUCGAAUAUUUGUCUCGCUCAGCGGAUGGCUUGGAGCCGAAUUGGCCCGGGAUCGCGGAUGUGAUCAGCGACAUCAGGAACCAUGUCGACUCGUUCGUCAACGAAAGUACAAAAGCAGAGGGGAGGAAAAUCGCUCUUUUUGCAAGUCGAGACGAGGCAAAGGAGAAGGACAAGAAGCAGCUGACGAUGAGUGGUCUUGACAGUGUAAUCAACUACGAGCUGGGGCAUGUCAGCAAGAACUCCGAAAUAUGUCAUCGUAGCGAAGGCUCAGUGGCGACUUGUGUUCAUGAGAUUCUUUCCGACAUCCUACUUUUCCACCGCAACAACCCAUCCGUGUGGCCUCAAUGGGAGUUCGGUAACGCCUGGCUGUCCCGUCUGGCUUCCCGUGUGGAUAGUCGUGCCCAUAGUGAACUGCUCAUCAUGACACAAUUGGUGCUACCAGGAACUAACAGUUACUACUACGGUGACGAACUGGGAAUGAAGAACCUGCCGAAUGAUUCAGUGGUGCCACCCCAACGUGGAGCAAUGCAAUGGGAUGACUCGGCUUACGCUGGUUUCUCAACAAAAUCGAAAAUUCCAGUCAAUUCUGAUUACAAAAACAUUAAUUGGGAGGUAGAUGUGAGGGAAGAAAUACUUGCUCCGAAUUUGUUGAGCGAACUAAAUGGGGAAAUGAUCCUUUUCGACCAAAAGCAGUAUCGGGAAGACCAGUCUGCAUUGAAGAUGUUCUCGAAACUCAGUAAAAUGCGUACGAGAGAUGAGUCUCUGGGUGUUGGUGAGACCAUGAUGGGAAGGCUUAUUGAUGGCGGAGCUUACACUAUCACUCGAUUCCACCAACGUGACAAUGUCACCGAUGGAAAUGUAAGCAGGAUUUAA